AGUGCCCGUGUGCUCCGCUAGUUAUGGCGGCUGCCAAGGAACCUUUAGAGUUCCAUGCCAAGCGGCCCUGGCGCCCGGAGGAGACGGUGGAAGAUCCAGACGAGGAAGAUGAGGGUGAUAGCAGUGAGGCCGAGAAUGGGUUCUCCCUUGAGGAAGUGUUACGGCUCGGAGGCACCAAGCAAGAUUACCUUAUGCUGGCUACGUUGGAUGAGAAUGAGGAAGUAGUGGAUGGAGGCAAAAAAGGAACAGUUGAUGACCUGCAGCAUGGUGAAUUGGAAGCAUUUAUUCAAAAUCUUAAUUUGGCCAAGUAUACAAAAGCAUUCUUAACCGAGGAUGAACCGGCUGAAAAAGAAAAUUCCAGCAAAAAAGAAGCAAAAGUAUCUAAUAAAAAGCAAAAUGCAGUAGAAAGUCAAAAGACAUCGAUCGAAAAGGAGAAAAAUAAGAGUAGGCCAGAACCAUGUUCCAAUGAAAACAGCAAUGCCAAACCAAAAGUAAAGAAAGAUAAGCAAGAUGUCUUUGAAUUUUUUGAGAGACAGACAUUGUUACUAAAGCCUGGAGGCAAAUGGUAUGACCUGGAGUAUACUAAUGAACAUUCUUUGGAACCCCAGCCUCAGGACGUUGUGACUAAGUACAAAAGUCUUGCUCAGAAGCUGUAUGAACAUGAAAUAAACUUAUUCAAAAGUAAGACAAAUAAUCAAAAGGGAGCUUCUUCCACCUGGAUGAAGGCAAUUGUGUCCUCAGGGACAUUGGGUGAUAGGAUGGCAGCCAUGAUUCUUCUUAUUCAGGAUGAUGCUGUUCAUACACUCCAGUUUGUAGAAACUCUGCUGAGCCUUGUUAAAAAGAAGGGCAGCAAACAGCAGUGCCUCAUGGCUUUGGAUACUUUCAAAGAAUUACUCAUUACAGACCUUUUGCCAGAUAGUAGGAAGCUACGGAUUUUCAGCCAGCAUCCUUUCAACAAACUAGAACAGUUGUCCAGUGGCAACAAGGACUCAAGAGAUAGAAGACUGAUCCUGUGGCAUUUUGAACACCAGCUGAAACACUUAGUGGCUGAAUUUGUACAUGUCUUAGAAACUUUAAGCCAUGAUACCUUAGUAACCACUAAAAUCCGAGCCCUAACAGUGGCUCAUGAGCUUCUUUGUAAUAAGCCUGAGGAAGAAAAGGCUCUUCUUGUCCAGCUAGUAAAUAAACUAGGAGAUCCUCAGAACAGAAUAGCCACAAAAGCCUCCCAUCUGUUGGAGACAUUACUUAGUAAACAUCCCAAUAUGAAAGGAGUUGUAUGUGGUGAAGUAGAAAGGCUACUCUUUCGCUCAAAUAUCAGCCCUAAAGCUCAAUAUUAUGCAAUUUGCUUUUUAAAUCAAAUGGUCCUCUCCCAUGAAGAAAGUGAAUUGGCUAACAAAUUAAUAACUCUUUAUUUUUGUUUUUUUCGGACUUGCAUCAAGAAAAAAGAUAUUGAGUCCAAAAUGCUUAGUGCCCUUUUAACAGGUGUGAAUAGGGCAUACCCUUAUGCCAAGAGUGGUGAUGACAAAGUGAGGGAACAGGUUGACACGCUGUUUAAAGUACUGCAUAUGGUGAAUUUUAAUACCAGUGUGCAGGCUCUAAUGUUGCUCUUCCAAGUAAUGAAUUCUCAGCAGACGAUAUCGGAUCGGUAUUAUACAGCAUUAUACAGGAAGAUGUUGGAUCCAAGGUUGAUAAUGUGUUCCAAGCAAGCUAUGUUUCUUAACCUAAUCUACAAAUCUCUGAAAGCUGACAUCGUAUUGCGCCGGGUGAAGGCUUUUGUGAAAAGGUUGCUUCAAGUUACUUGUGAACAGAUGCCGCCAUUCAUAUGUGGAGCUCUAUAUCUUGUAUCUGAAAUCCUUAAAGCAAAACCAGGUUUAAGAAGUCAACUGGACGAUCAUCCGGAGUCUGAUGAUGAAGAAAAUUUUAUUGAUGCAAAAGAUGAUGACGAUGUCGAAAAAUUCACUGAUGCAGACAAAGAAACAGAUAGAGGGAAAACAGCUGAGACAGGGGAAACUGUAUCUGAAAGUGACGUAGAAACCAAGAAACCAGGGACUGCUUCCUGGGUGCAUGUUGAUAAUUUGAAAGGUGGCAAGCAGUUAAAUACAUACGAUCCUUUCAGUAGAAACCCUUUGUUCUGUGGAGCUGAAAAUACAAGUCUUUGGGAACUCAAAAAGUUAUCUGAGCAUUUUCAUCCAUCUGUGGCUCUUUUUGCAAAGACUAUCCUUCAGGGAAAUUAUAUUCAGUAUUCAGGUGACCCUCUACAGGAUUUCACUCUAAUGAGAUUCUUGGAUCGAUUUGUAUACCGAAAUCCAAAGCCCCACAAAGGCAAAGUAAACACAGACAGUGUUGUGAUGCAGCCCAAAAGGAAACAGUUUAUAAAGGAUAUUCGUAGUCUUACUGUGAACAGUAAAGAGUUCCUGGCAAAAGAAGAAAGCCAGAUACCUGUGGAUGAAGUGUUUUUCCACAGGUAUUAUAAAAAAGUUGCUGUUAAAGUGAAACAAAAACAGAAUUCAGAUGAAGAAAGUAUAGAAGAUGUGGAUGAUGAUGAAUUUGAGAAGCUGAUUGACACAUUUGAAGAUGAUAACUGUUUCAGCUCUGGAAAGGAUGAUAUGGAUUUUGCCAGCAACGUGAAAAAGCAAACAGAAAGAACUAAGGGUAGCCCAGAAGAUGAAGAUUCGGAAGGUAGUGAUGAUGAACUUGGUAACCUGGAUGAUGAUGAAGUUUCUUUGGGAAGUAUGAAUGAAGAAUUUGCUGAAAUAGAUGAAGAUGGAGGAACAUUCAUGGAUCUGUUAGAUGAUGAAAAUGAAGACAUUCUAGAACUUGAUGAAGGCUGUUCCAAAGUCAGUACCAAGAAAAGUAAGAGAAAAGGUGAUGAUUUUCAUUUUGCUGGUUCAUUUCAAGGACCAAGGAAAAAAAAGAAAAGAAACCUGAAUGAUUCCAGCCUGUUUGUAUCUGCUGAAGAGUUUGGCCACCUAUUAGAUGAAAAUAUGGGAUCCAAGUUUGAUAACAUUGGCAUGAAUGCUAUGGCUAACAAAGAUAAUGCCAGUCUCAAACAGCUUAGAUGGGAGGCUGAACGUGAUGACUGGCUACACAACAAAGAUGUGAAAAGUAUCAUCAAGAGAAAGAAAAAUUUCAAGAAGAAGAGGCUGAAAACCACUCAUAAAACUAAAAAGCAAAGAAAAUAAGUAAUGUAAAUUAUAAAUUAAAAUUCUACUUACUUUUAAUUUUUACUGUUCAACCAUUUUUCUUGAUCUUGCUGCCUGAUUCCAUACAUUCCAGCCUGUUCAACGGAUUUGUAAUAAACUAUAAAUAAAAAUAGCUGUUAUCCAUAUAGU